GAAGUGGGGCGACUUUCCCUUUCCGGCUACGGGUCCCGGAGCGGAGCGGGAGGCCGGACCGGGGGAGCGGAGCGACGGCGGCGGCGGUGGGGUCGGCCAUGGCGGAGCUGGUGCAGGGGCAGAACGCUCCGGUGGGCAUGAAGGCUGAGGGCUUCGUGGAUGCCCUGCACCGGGUCCGGCAGAUUGCUGCUAAAAUUGAUUCAAUUCCUCACUUGAAUAAUUCCACACCCCUGGUGGACCCCUCGGUGUACGGAUAUGGAGUACAGAAGCGGCCCCUGGAUGAUGGAGUAGGUAACCAGUUAGGGGCCUUGGUACAUCAAAGGGCAGUAAUAACAGAAGAAUUCAAAGUACCUGAUAAAAUGGUUGGAUUUAUUAUUGGCAGGGGAGGUGAGCAGAUUUCACGAAUUCAAGCAGAAUCUGGUUGCAAAAUUCAAAUUGCCUCAGAGAGUUCUGGGAUUCCAGAGAGGCCCUGUGUACUUACCGGAACCCCAGAAAGUAUUGAACAAGCCAAGCGGCUCCUGGGGCAGAUUGUGGACCGCUGUCGGAAUGGACCCGGCUUUCACAGUGACAUAGAUGGCAACAGCACAAUCCAAGAGCUUCUCAUCCCUGCAUCUAAAGUGGGUCUGGUCAUCGGCAAAGGAGGGGAAACUAUCAAGCAAUUGCAGGAGCGGACAGGUGUGAAAAUGGUCAUGAUCCAGGAUGGCCCACUGCCCACAGGAGCAGACAAGCCUCUCCGCAUCACUGGAGAUCCAUUUAAAGUACAGCAAGCAAGAGAAAUGGUCCUGGAGAUCAUCCGAGAGAAAGACCAGGCUGACUUCCGGGCUGUGCGUGGCGAUUUCACCUCCCGAGCAGGAGGAGGUAGUAUAGAGGUGUCUGUGCCUAGGUUUGCUGUUGGGAUUGUCAUAGGAAGAAAUGGAGAAAUGAUCAAAAAGAUCCAGAAUGAUGCUGGCGUGAGGAUCCAGUUCAAACCAGACGACGGGAUUAGUCCAGAAAGAGCAGCACAGGUCAUGGGCCCUCCAGAUCGGUGUCAGCAUGCAGCGCACAUCAUCAAUGAACUCAUUCUAACGGCGCAGGAAAGAGAUGGCCUUGGAGGCCUGGCGGUAGCUAGAGGAAGAGGUCGUGGCCGUGGAGAUUGGAGUGUGGGCACUCCUGGUAGUGUCCAGGAAAUUACAUACACAGUUCCAGCUGAUAAGUGUGGCCUUGUAAUAGGCAAAGGGGGCGAGAACAUCAAAAGCAUCAACCAGCAGUCAGGUGCGCACGUGGAGCUUCAGCGGAACCCCCCUCCUAACACCGACCCCAACCUGCGGAUAUUUACCAUCAGGGGUGCUCCUCAGCAGAUCGAGGUGGCCAGGCAUCUCAUAGAUGAGAAAGUUGGCGGUGCCAGCCUCGGAGCCCCUGCAGCCUUUGGACAGAGCCCCUUCAGCCAGCCACCAGCUGCACCACAUCAAAACGCUUUUCCUCCCAGGGGCUUCCCCAACAUGGCUGCUAAAGUUAACGGGAACCCCCACAACACCCCUGUGAGCGGCCCUCCAGCUUUUCUGACCCAGGGCUGGGGCAGCACUUACCAGGCUUGGCAGCAGCCCACACAAGUCCCAAGCCAGCAGAGCCAGCCACAGAGCAGCCAGCCCGACUACAGCAAGGCCUGGGAGGACUAUUACAAAAAGAGUCAUACCACCAGUGCUGCCCCUCAGGCCAGCUCCCCACCAGACUACACGAUGGCCUGGGCGGAGUACUACAGGCAGCAGGCCGCCUUCUACGGGCAGACUUUAGGGCAGGCUCAGGCCCACAGCCAGGUCUGUAGCCAGUCCCCAGCGCCAUGAUGCCACCCAGCCUUUGUGCUUGCCUAGUAGUCCCAGGGAGCAGUAGAUGGGCGUCUGCAGCGGCUCUUCCCCGAAAUCAGUGUGAGAGAAACCUGUUUGUUACAGAGAUUUUUAGAUUUGCAGACCUUUCAAUGAAGAACCUUUGUUUGUUCUGUGAAACACUAUAUUUAGAUUAACAGAGAUUUUCUAAAAAUCGGGAAAAUUAGUUACUAAACAUUGCUGGUAAUUUCUGUGUCAUGAUUUCUUUGUUACUCCAAUGUGUAAGCUCUGGGGUUCUGGAGCCAAACCUGCAAGCUCAGGUGCCCGGACCUCCUCAGAGUCCUGACGUUUCAUCAGAUAAUGGGUUUGUUUUUAUUGUUGUGUCUUUUUAUUUACAGGUUUUUUUUUUUGUUUGUUUGUUUCUGUUUUCUGUUGCAACAGAAAAAUGGCUUGGAAGUCUUAGGUGGUAAUGUAACAAAUUCUUUAAAAAAAUUUUAAGCAGUAUUUAAAUAUUCGUAAAUGUAAAUUCAUUAAGUGUUUCACCUCCAAUUUCUUGUAUCUUGGCUGUCCAGUUUUAUUGCGUUUUUUUUAAACUGAACUAUUAUGUAUUGUAAUUAAUGAUGUGAAUUCUGAACUGAGACGGGUCCUUGUUGUGGGAGGGGCGUUUGUGGGUUGUGUCGUUUCUAGCGUUCUGAGGGUAAUGCAAAGACAGACACAGUCCACCUUCGUGUAAGCUGCCCGUCUCUAUUACCCGGUGCAGUUGUGUGUCUAAGACCUCCAAGCUGGUUUUAAAAACAAAAAGCCUUUCUCUAUUCUCAGAAAUAUAAAUACUGUUAUUUUUAAUAUUAAAAAGAAAUUCAAUAUAACUUUUAACAAACACUGUGGACAUUAAACCAUAUAAAAAUGUAGUAACUAUUUUUUAAUUCCAAGGUGUUUUUUGCUUUUUUCUUUUAAAUAUUUUCUUAAUAUUUGUCAAAUUAACUAGAUAAAUAAAUAAAUCUAGUAUUAACCACAGUAUGAGUUAAAUAAUUUUGAUUUAAUAAAAGGGAUAAUAUGAUUUCCAAUGUUUACUGUAGUGUAUCUUGUACAGAUAACAUGUAUUUUUAAAGAAAAAAAAAACUGAAUUGAAGCUAUUUUUUUCUUGCAUUUUGAAUUGACCCCGAGGAACAUUCCGUUUGAAAUGUGCUCAAGUUACAGUUUCCAGUUCUCUUGUUUUCCUUACAAUGCUUGAAAUGUCUAACUAUUAAAAAAAAAAAGGCAGUUGGAAAUGUUAUGCAUGUUUGUUUGUUUUUUAAGGUGUUCAUUUUAUUUGACUGACAAUUCAUUUUACACUCUAUAUAAUAAAAUUUCCACAAGAUAUCUUGUGGGCAAA